GGUGACGGUUUGCAACUGCCUCGUUCCGGUUUGAAUCCCUACGUAGGAGCUUUCGAGGAAUUGACGAGAGCCCCUUAUUCUAACAAGCGCAAACUUUUGGUUGUGGGAAAUAGGGUUGUACUGCUGCGUAAGUAGCUGAUCUCUGCGGUGAAGCACGCCAACUUUCUUUUGGCGAAUUUAUUUCCGGUUUUGUUGCCAUCACCGCUGCUAGUUGCUAGAGACGAGCCAACUUUCCUGCUUGUUCUUACAACUUACAAGAAUGAGUCGAUGGCACAAGCUGGAUUGCCCGGCACCAACUGUUUGUGUGGACAAAGCGGGUGCAACACCAACCUGUCGAACUUGUAGCAGCGCUCCAAAUCUCGAGGACAUCAUCAACCACUAUGACCAGGAAAUUACGUUUGCUGGGCCUCCUCCGGAUCAGCCCCGUGGCAAGAUGAAUCUCUGGUGGCCCCCGUCAGUUCCCUAUCGCGCCAUCGAAGGCCUUUCCAAUAACAGUGACAACGGCGAGGAUGAUGAUGGGGAUGAGGCAGUCCCUGGCUCGGAACGGAUGACAGCGCGACAAGAUAUGCAGGCUGUGGAAGAUGUGAAAGAUGCAGUUCAGUCCCCCAUCUACGGUGAAAAGCCCCUCAUGACAGGCGAGUUUCGGCUUGCCUGCGUGUCUCCCGCGACCGCCGUCGACGAUCAGAUCCAUCUAGACCUUGAGACCUACUCCUUUGACAACUGGCCCGAAUACGAAACCGCUUCCUACUGCUGGGCUGGAGAAGACGGCGACAGUAGACGCCAGCUCCCCGUCUACGUCGGUCCAUACUGGGACGUCGCUCUACAGACACGCAAUUGCUGGGAAUUGCUCCGACAUGUCCGCCCCCACAGAGGAAUCCGUCUGAUUUGGGUCGACGCGCUAUGCAUCAACCAGGCGUGCCAGGAGGAGCGCGAUGCCCAGGUUGCUCAAAUGAGGCGCAUUUACUCUGAGGGCACCCAGGUUGUCGUCUAUCUUGGCCCGGAUGUUGCUCAUACUCUCCCUCCCGGGCGUUACCCACGGCGGCACAAGCUGGAGGAAUUUGGAAUCAUUUCACGAGUAAACAAUGAUGCCGAGCCUUCGUCAGCUACCGGGGUGAUUCGGGACAUAGACACGCUUCUACGCAGACGCUACUUCAGUCGACUUUGGGUUAUCCCAAGAGCUGAUACUCUCGCCGCGCGUCGUGAUGCGGAUCGGCGACAUCGACUUUUGGACCGACAGAAAGGCGAAUGGGGGGUUGUGGUCUGAACAUCAAGGGCUCACCGCACCAUGGGUUACUCAUUUGGCCAAGGGAGCUCCCCUAGAAUUAUCUCUGCUCGAGGUCAUGCACCUUACUUUCUCAGCAGGUUGCGCGGAUCCAAGAGAUCACCUGUUCGGGUUGAUGGGUGUGGUUUCAGGCAGUAAUCGCGCUUCGAUUCUCCUGCCUGACUAUUCGCUCUCCUCUCAGCAUGUCUUUA